AGUACAAGAAGAAAAUGCAAAUAAGCAUAUGCUUUUGAAGAAGGGUGAAUCCUGCUCUCUCACUUUCCCUCUUGGGCUCCUCUGGCAUCAAUAGUGAGCUGGGUAAUCACCCUUCUCUUCCUUUUCUCUGCCUGCAGACUGGGGUAAGAUGUGUGCUCCCUCAACAUAAACUUCUCUCCUCCCCAGAAAACAUUGCUUUUGUUGUAUGACCUCAGGGCGUUGUAAUAUAGACAGGGUAACAGGCAGGUGGAGGAUGGGGAAUGCAGAAUACAUCCUGGAUCUCUGAAUCAUCUAACAAAUAGGCAGCCAGUUUUGUUUUGUUUUUGUUUUAGUGAAAACACUUCCCACACUGACUUUUGAAAGUUACACGUGGCACAGAGAGGGAUCUGUUCCAGUUGAUAGGAGCCUGGAAGAAGAGAGGGAGGAAACGACUUAAUUGCUUUAGACUUUAGUUCAGCUGGAGUUGGGAGGAAAGAAUCGGUGUCUCUUUUUUGGAAUACAGCAAGUUCUUGCUGAGGACAGAUCCUCUGCAGAUUUAGUGGAGUGCAGGAAACUCGUUGGUAGAGGGUUGCCUGUUACUCUCUCUAAUUCUGCCGCUCACAUCUGGAAAGGAUCUGGCUUGGAAAGAGGAGUCUCAGUCUGAGCUCAGCGCAUGUAACGGACAUGGCAUGAGCUGAGGGAGCCUGUGGGGGCAAGAGAAAUGUUCUUCUCCAGUCAUCUGAUUUCUGUCAACAAAGGGGCGAUGCCCGGCGGCGGCGGCGGCCGGGUCCUGCUGGCGCUGGGGCUGCUGGCGCUGAGCUGCGCCGCCGCCCGCUCCUCGCCGCCCGGCGCCAACGACUUCCCCGACGGCGUCGCCGAGCGGCGGCGGCACCAGCAGCCCGCGGCCGCCGGCUGCCCCCGGGACUGCGGCUGCAGCCAGGAGGGCGUCGUGGACUGCGGCGGGAUCGACCUGAAGGAGUUCCCGCUGCGCCUGCCCGAGCUCACCAACCACCUGUCGCUGCAGAAUAACCAGAUAGAAGAAAUCUUUCCAGAAGAGCUUGCUCGUCUUCACAGACUAGAAACUCUCAAUUUGCAAAACAAUAGGCUUACUUCAAAAGGGCUGCCAGAAGAAGCAUUUGAACAUCUGGAGAAUCUGAAUUACCUGUACCUGGCAAACAAUAAGCUUACAGUGGCUCCGAAAUUCCUACCACACGCCUUGAUCAGUGCAGAUUUUGCAGCCAAUUAUCUCACUAAGAUAUAUGGGCUCACAUUUGGACAGAAACCAAACUUGAGAUCUGUGUAUCUUCAUAACAACAAACUUUCAGAUGCUGGGUUACCUGAUAAUAUGUUCAAUGGCUCUGAUAAUGUGGAGAUACUCAUCAUGUCCAGCAAUUUCCUGAAAUAUGUUCCAAAGAAUCUCCCUCCAGCACUCUAUAAAUUACACUUAAAGAACAACAAGCUCGAGAAGAUUCCCAAAGGAGCCUUCAGUGAGCUUACAGGUCUGCGGGAGCUGUACUUACAGAAUAACUACUUGACUAAUGAAGGAAUGGACAAUGAAACUUUCUGGAAAUUGUCUAGUCUUGAAUAUCUGGAUUUGUCCAGCAAUAACCUCUCACAAAUCCCGAGUGGUUUACCUCGAAACAUCGUACUCCUCCACCUGGAGAAGAAUGCAAUUAAGAUGAUUGGCAGAGAUGUCUUGACCCAAAUUAAGAACCUUGAGUACCUUCUGCUCCACAAUAACAAAUUAAAAGCCCGAGGGAUUCACCCGUUAGCCUUCCAGGGCUUAAAGAAGCUGCACACUGUACACCUGUACAACAACAUGCUGGAACGGAUUCCCAGUGGGCUGCCCCGGCGAGUGAAAACGCUUAUGAUCCUUCACAACCAGAUCUCUGAGAUUAACAGGAAUGACUUUGCUACCACUUACUUCCUCGAAGAGCUGAACCUGAGCUACAAUAAGCUCAAAAGUCCCCAGAUCCAUCGGGAGGCCUUCCGUAAACUGAGGCAGCUAAAGUCCUUGGAUCUUUCUGGGAACAACCUCCACACAGUGCCCUUCGGCUUUCCAAAGAACUUGCAGAUUCUGAAGCUGAAGGAGAACGAGAUAAGCGCCAUCCCAAAAGGGACUUUGUCUGGGAUGACAAAGCUGCGGGAACUGUAUUUGAGCAACAAUAAACUGAAAGUAAAUUCCAUUUAUUCAAGAGCAUGGAGAGAACUCAGCAGUCUCCAGUCAUUAGACAUGGCUGGCAAUCAGCUGACUUCUAUCCCAUCAGGCCUGCCAGAAUCGCUAGAAUAUCUGUAUCUUCAGAACAACAAGAUCACAACGGUGUCAGAGAGUGCUUUUGAAUCCACACCCAACAUAAAAGGAAUUUACCUCCGGUUUAAUAAGAUUGCAGUUGGAGCACUGAAGGAAAGUAUCUUCCGAAGCCUAAAGCACUUACAGGUACUGGAUAUUGAAGGGAACUUGGAAUUCAGCAAUACUUCAAAGAAUAAGGAUGAUUCAGAAGAGGAAGUGGAAGAUGAGGAAGAGGAAGAAGAACUGAGAUAAAAUGUGAACUCACACAAGCACAUCACAUGGAAGGAAAGCAUAUGGAAAAUUACAUAUAUUUCUAUGUGUAUAUAUCUAUAUAGAUAUACAGAGAACACUUAGCAAAACGUGCAAUGAAUUACACAGAAACUGUUGUGGCGCUGUUCCAGGCUCGUGGAAGACAGCAUGUUACAGUGCCUUAUUCAGGGAGAGACCCUGAAUGCCGUUCCAAAGCUUCCAAAUCAUCUUACUCGAGACCCAGGAUCAUAAGGGAUUGCUCUGGAACUCACAAAAGCUGGCUUUUGUUUCUUCUGUUUCUCUUCCUUCACUGUUACCAUCUGUAAUAACAAUAUGGGACUGUUUUGAACAUGUGCCUUCAAAUACUGUCUUUGUCACUCCAUUUUAAGUGAACCAUGUAUAUGCUUCUUUUCUCUUUUCCCAAUCCAAAGAAGCUGUUAUUGAUCAGGCAAGAUGGAUAUUUGCGGUAGUUUCAUGUGUGGAGCAGCAUAUGAGGCAUUUUGGUCAUCAAGCAGCAGUAACAACCACCACUGUGGAUGAACCCAUUCCUCUGUUAGAACAAUGUGUAUAUUUGGAUGAGAAAAACAAAGUAAGGCUGGAUCCCGUAAUAUUUUAUUCCUACUGCCAAGCUUGCAGUAUAUGCCUAUUUUAGAAAGGUUUUAAGAUAAAACAAUUGUGAAUAUAUAAAAAGAACUGUAUGUCUGCCUUCCAGAGCUUUGGUAAAGUUUCUGUCUCGCUGUUGUUUGUCCAUGUGACAGCUGUAUGAGUAUCUCUGAAAAUAUGUCCAGAAGACUGAGUAACAGUAUGCAGUACAAUAUAUACAGUAGAAUCUUUCACAUAUUGUAUAUCAUCCAUGUUAAGAGUCAGAAGUGAGACUAACGAAGCAAAAGAGAUAAGUGAAUGUGUCAAUGUCUUAGGAGAAAACUGUUAAGCAUCGAGAGAAAUUUCCGUGUUUGGUUCAAGUCAGGAGACAGUGCCUGCUGUCUCACUCUCUUGCAGCCUCUCCUGUUUUGUGAUGUUGCGUAUUAUCAGCUCCUGUUGAAAUCAUGGAAAAUAAAGAAACCAAGGAAAAGCAGAAAACUUUUAGAGGUACCUGGA